AAAUUGCCUUAAGUUUGAACAAAUUUUUGAAAUAGAAAUCGAUGAGGUAGACUUUUGUAAUUUGUUAGACCGAGGUUAGUUACGUGCUAGUAGGAUGUAUCAAACUAUUGAUAGUGUACAUGCAUUUAAAAAUUAUUUUAUGGCAUUUUUUUGUUAACGUAUCCGUUUAUAUGUGGCUCGUAUCUGUCACUUCGUACGUGAAUAUUUUAUAGUAAAAAAAACUUUACUAUUAUGUAGGAGGUUAAUCGCCGAUACGAUUAAACGACAAAUAAAUGUUGAAAGACAUAAUAUUUAAAUUUAACGCAAGUUCUAUUGAUUUAGAAAAUUAAUAAUACAUUACGAUGAGUAAUAAAGAAAAAAGUGAUUUACGAUCAGAACAAUGUGUUAAAUUGAAAGACGAGAAGGAAAGAAAGAAAUCAAUGUCCUCCCAAAGUGAUGAUUCUGAUUCUAAGAAAAAAAGACGUAACACGUGUAGCAAAGAUAAAAGGAAAAAAUCAAAGCAUAGGAGUAGUUCUAGUAGCUCCAGCUCCUCUAGUAUUUCCAGUCGUGAAGCUAGUAAAUAUCAAGAUGAUAGGGACAGAAGAAGCGACAAAUGGGAUAAGAGAUAUGAGAAUGGUAUUAGACCAUAUCGACUGAAUCCAAGGGAAGGUAGAGGAUAUUAUAAAGGACGGGGUGGGUAUUUGGAUAAUCGUAAACGUAGUUUUGGAUAUCGACCUUAUAAACAUUCUGGAUUUUAUGAUAGAAAUAGACAUAAUAAUUCACAAUAUAAUAGAUAUAAUAAUGAAAGGAGAGGUAAUAGAUUCUUAAAUCAUAACAGUAGAAGACCACCUUACGAUAGAUCUAGAAGCAGAAGCACUCUAGAUCAGGAUCAUCAAAAAAACUUAAAAGAUUCUAGUGAACACUCUAGAGAAAGUGAUUCCAAAGAAAGAUAUGCAAAACAAAUUAAUGCUGAUAAAGCAGAAACAAAAAGAAAAGAUACAGAUGAUGCUUAUGUAAAAGGAAAAGAAAAGAAAAGAGACGAAGACAUACAUGAAAAGGCUGAUCAUAUUGUCCGCAAAAGGUCAAAGAGGAAAAGGUCUUUGUCAUCUUCAAGUUCCUCAAGCGUUAGUAGUAGUAGUGACAGUACUAGCAGUAGCUCUAGUACUAGUAGUAGCAGUAGUAGUUGUAGCAGCAGCAGUUCAGAUACUUCUGAAGAUGAGAAAAAACGUAAGAAAGCGAGAAGAAAAGCUAAAAAGUUGAAAAAGGCUAUGAAAAAGCGUAGAAAGAAGAAAAGAAUGAAGAAAAAAUUGAAGAAAAAAUUGAAAAAGUCAAAAAAGAAAUCACGAAACACUGAUAAAUCUAAAGAGAGUGUUUCUAAAGAUGUUUCACAAGAAAGUGUAUCUGAAAAGUCAAAGGCAAUGGCACCCAUGACUAAAGAGGAAUGGGAAAAAAAGCAAAGUGUAAUACGUAAAGUUUAUGAUGAAGAAACCGGAAGAUACAGGUUAAUUAAAGGUGAUGGAGAAGUUUUAGAAGAACUAGUAAGUAGAGAACGUCAUAAAGAGAUAAAUAAGCAAGCGACUAAAGGGGAUGGAGAAUACUUUCAAGCACGCAUGAAAGCCAAUGUUUUAUGAACUAUUUUUCUAUAUAUA